CGGUCCGACACCGCGACCAUCAUCGACUCUUGGCAACGCGCGCUCGACGACGAUUCGGGGGGUUGUUCGUUCUUGCUGACGUUCCACGCACGCCGGUCGCACACAAGGAUGGACCUCGUUUACAUACCGGAGGUCCUCACCUUCGGCUCCUUCCGCAGCCCCCAGUACCGAGACUACGAGCAGCCCUGGAACAGGAACUACUUCGACGACGGUAAAGCAGCCUCGUACCAUCAUCACCGGCAGUUGCAGCAGCAUCAGCAACAAAACCGCGACUCCGGCAGCAAAGACUCCUGCCACUUGUGCAAGGAGAACAAAAGGCGCAGCUUGGCCGCCUACAUUCGGGGCAAGACGCGCAACAAUUCUUGCAACGAGAUAUGCGAGGAGGAGGAGGAAGUCGAGGCGCAGGAGAAACCGAACGAACAGCCGGAGUUCAAUGGCAAGAAGAAGGCGACGACGAGCGCCUGAGAGCGCGACGACGUUACAAAUUAUUCGACACAUGUGUUUUGCACACGAAGAUCGUUGAGCCCGAGACGAAGCCGGGCACCCAGGUAGUCUUCGUCCCUGGAUUAUCCAGAUGCCGAGUGUCGCAAUUCAUACAUUGGUAACUCUCUCAGGCGCUACCAAUGAAAUCCGUCUGUUGAUAAAUGAAUCCUCCGCGAUAUCCGCUUCGAUACAAUAGUCCCCGUGAAUAGUGUUGAGAGAAAAGUUUGGCAAGACACGAUAAAAACUUGAUUUGCUGCUAAGCGUCGUCAUGAAUCGCUUCUUUGGAUUAUCAUUUUCGUUGCCGUGUGCAAACGACUGGAGCAUCUGUUCGGAGAUCGGGAAGCUUUGUUUUCCAAAA